AGGAUUGCAAGAGGCGGGGGUACGGCAGAGGGAAGGGAAACUAGUUCGUGUUGUGUGCGGUGCUGCGUUUCUCCAAUCCAUCGGGUCCGUGAGCUGAGUGCGUGGCUGGGCCCUGCCGGCUUCACCUCUCGACUGAAUCCUCGUUUCGAGUCGUUUGAAUUGGUGAGUCAGGUUGCCUCAGUCAUAAAGGCUCGGCGGGAGGAAGCGAAGGAGAAAGGGAGUGAGAGUGUACUUUUAUAGUAUUUACUUCAGGUUGUUGGAAGCGGUGUCCUGCCGUAUGCGGUUGCAGCUUAUUCCGGAACAAUCCGGAUACGGCUGGCCGGUCAGCUGCCGCGAGGAAGGGAAAGCUCGGACCGGCGUCCAGCUGGUCAAGAGCGUGCGCCGGGGAAAUGCAGGAUGAAGAACAUCCCAAAUCUCUUGCUGUAUCCAAAAUGGAUUUCACUUCAAUCCUUCUAAUUGUUGACUGUUGUAAAAACCCUGCAAGACAGACUGUUAAGCGCAGUGGAUAGCAAUUACUGCUGCACAAUACUUGAGUGUAGUGCAGAUUAAUCUUAAGAUUUUAUUUAAUCCAGUUAUUUAUUACAUAUCUACAUAUUUUGUUACCUUAUUUUGUAUAUUUAAGUCAAUAGUAUUUUUUUAAAACUCCAUACCUCUGAAGCAUUACAAGCCCGGGUUAGCAUGGCGCUAGAUGAGUACUUGUGGAUGGUUGUUGUUGGUUUCAUCAUUGCAUUUAUUCUGGCUUUCUCGGUGGGAGCCAAUGAUGUUGCUAAUUCAUUUGGAACAGCUGUUGGUUCAGGAGUGCUGACACUUCGGAAAGCCUGCAUUUUGGCAACUAUCUUUGAGACGGUGGGUUCUGUGCUGUUGGGUGCCAGAGUCAGUGAGACCAUCCGGAAAGGAAUAAUUGAUGUGGAGAUGUUCAACUCGAGUCAACAAGUGCUAAUGGCUGGAUCAGUCAGCUCCAUGUUUGGUUCUGCUGUCUGGCAGUUACUGGCUUCAUUUUUGAAGCUCCCUAUAUCUGGUACCCAUUGCAUUGUGGGUGCUACGAUUGGUUUCUGUUUGGUGGCUGCCGGUGCCCAUGGUGUGAAGUGGCUGGAGCUGCUUAAGAUUGUGGCUUCUUGGUUCAUUUCACCACUGCUAUCUGGAAUCAUGUCUGCUGCUGUCUUUUAUUUGGUCCGUUUCUUCAUUUUACACAAGGCUGACCCAGUGCCAAAUGGACUCCGAGCCCUGCCUGUCUUCUACGCCUGUACAAUUGCAAUCAAUCUUUUCUCGAUCUUGUACACAGGAGCACCUUUAUUGGGAUUUGAUCGAAUUCCACUUUGGGGUACCGUGCUGAUUACAGUGGGGAGUGGUCUGAUCUGUGCACUCUUCAUUUGGUUCAUCGUCUGUCCCAGAAUGAAGAGAAAAAUCGAAACUGAGAUUAAAGCCUGUACUGUACGUAGCACUGUGCUGGAUAAGAACAAUGAUGAUUACUAUUCAAUGUCCAAAGAUGAGGUGGAAGAGCCUCACUUGAAGGCUCUGCUGACAGAUGCAGCAUCUGAAAUGAAGACUCCUCUGACGGUUGGUGUUUCUGCUGUUGUACCAUCCAAGCAGAAUCUGGAGAAGCCACAUACAAGAAUUGCUUUUAUAGGAGACUCUACAGAAGAUGUGUGCAAAGAUGACGUUUCCAGUGGAGAGAUGAAGGAAACUAACAUUGAUCACGUUAUCAAUGGGACCAUGCAAUUUGGAAACAACCAUGUGCAGUUCAACCAUGUUGUUGGGAAUCAGACCAGCACCAAUGGCUAUAGUGGUCACUACCAUACUGUGCACAAGGAUUCAGGAUUGUAUAAAGAACUCCUCCACAAGUUGCAUUUAGCUAAAAUGAUUGACUGUGCUGGGGACUCUAAUGAAGUGAGCAGCAGGCCACUGCGUCGUAAUAAUAGCUACACGUGUUACACGAUGGCAAUCUGUGGCAUGCCCCUUGAUUCUUUCAAGCCCAAAGAAGGAGAAGCAAAGUCUGAGGAAAUGGAAAAACUGACAGCAUCUGGACUAGAACCGAAAAAACGCAUCAGGCAAGACAGCUACAGUAGCUAUUGCAAUGCCAUGGCUGAUUCCAACACAAGUGCUGAUAAUGGAGGUGUGAAGCUUGAAAUUGAACUGGGAGACCGCAAGUGCAGUGAUGGGUCUGUGGAGGAAUGGCGUGAGGAAAAGCCCGAAGUUGCAUUAUUGUUUCAGUUCUUGCAGAUCCUGACUGCCUGCUUUGGCUCCUUUGCCCAUGGUGGCAAUGAUGUCAGCAAUGCAAUUGGUCCCUUGGUUGCUUUGUGGGUUGUUUACUACACAGGCGAUGUGAAUUCGAAGAUGGAAACUCCAAUCUGGCUUCUCCUAUAUGGAGGUGUGGGCAUAUGUCUUGGUCUGUGGGUCUGGGGACGGAGAGUGAUUCAGACAAUGGGAAAGGAUCUGACACCAAUUACUCCCUCAAGUGGCUUCAGUAUUGAAUUGGCCUCUGCUCUAACUGUGGUCGUUGCUUCAAAUGCUGGUCUUCCUGUCAGUACAACACAUUGCAAGGUUGGCUCUGUAGUAGCUGUUGGCUGGAUGCGUGCCAAGAAAGCUGUUGAUUGGCGCCUCUUCAGAAACAUUUUCAUGGCUUGGUUUGUUACAGUUCCCAUCUCUGGGCUUAUUAGUGCUGCCAUUAUGGCUUUAUUCAAGUUUGCUAUCUUAUAAAUGUGCUGAAGUACUGCCUAACCACCACCUAUAUUAAGGGCAGUGUUGCUGUGGUUAUGCCCCUGUGCUUAGAGAAUUCAUUUGGAUCAUUGAGUUCUGUAAAAUGGAAGUUAAAGCCAUCACUUGGAUCUUGAAGACAUCAGUAUACAUUUCAAUAGAGUCCAACUUGACCGUGUUUAUAGAAAUGCAAAUUUUUGUUUGUGAUUUUUUUGUCCUUGACCUUGUACAAGUUACUUUGAAUUUGAGACCCAUUGUCAAAUUCUUUUUUGUACAGUAAAUUCAUUGCAUGUUUUUAAUUAAUAAGGCGUACUGCUAUUUAAUACUGUGAACUAUGAACUGGAGGAGCUUCUUUGACAUUUGAUACUUGAAAUAAGUAUGCAUAAAGCACUGAAGUUGUGACUGACCCACUUGUAUGUCUGCUUGAAGCAAUGUCAAGGUACCAAAGACUGAAGCAAUCAAGUGCAAACUUCAAACUUAGUUUUUUACAAGUCUUCCAUUUUAAACCUGACAUAAUCAAGAAACAUCUAUCUGUAAUUUAAGUUACAUCUUUAAUAAAGAUUAGCACGCCUUGCA